AAAAUCAGCGCCGACGCCUCGGAGCUUCAGUCGCGUCGUUGGGUCUGGACAGCUCGGAGCGGAGCAGAGACCGAGUUUCACAAUGAGGGCGUUCGUCGCGAUAGCCGUCCUGGCCUGUGUGGGCGCAGUUCUCGGAGACGGUGGCGGCCACAGUUCGGGCGGCCACAGCUCAGGUGGACACAGCUCUGGAGGCCACAGUUCUGGAGGCCACAGCUCUGGAGGUCACAGUUCUGGCGGCCACAGUUCCGGCGGCCACAGUUCUGGAGGUCACAGUUCUGGUGGCCACAGCUCGGGCGGCAGCUCCUACGCGGCGGCGUCCACCUCGAGCUCCUACUCGGCUCCUGCUCCGUCGUCCGGCUACGCGGCUCCGUCCAAGGGCUCCGGCACCGCCGGCAGCACCGGCUACUACUACUACUACUACCCGGUGGAGCAGCACCGGCCCCACCCCCGUCCCCAGCACGGCGGCGGCGGCGGUGACGGCGGCCUGGGCCUGAUCGGACCCAUCCUGCUGGUGGCGCUGGUCGGUAUCGGUCUGCUCGGUCUGCUGGCCGCCGCGGCCGCCAUCGCCAACAACAACAACAACAACCGCAGCACCGGCCGUGAGCUGCUGCCCAGCAUCCCGCAGCCAGUCUAUGAGUUCAUCCACACGCCCGAGUUCGACCGGGUCGCCACCUUCGCCGUCAAGUCAAUCGCGAAAUGGUGGUAGAUAUAGACAAACAGUUCCGGCCUGCUGCAGCCAGCCGGCCGGCCAGCGGCGGGUCCGCGCCGAGACACCUCCGUCCGAGCGUCCGGCCGAGCCGCGAGACCGGCGCCAGGGCCUCCGCGGCGCAGUGGUCAGCGCGGCGCGAGCUCCCGUGCCACGACGCCGCUUUGUCACUCGUGCCGCCGCAUCCGUCCGUCCGCCGUUGAGCUGAUGUCUUCGUCAUCGUUGUGUCGCGAUUAUUGUCAGUGACGGAUGACGACCGUCAUGGUCGUUCAUCUCUGCCACUACGUCUGUCCGUACAUCUCGUUGGUCCAGUCCUGUCCACUCCUUGCGUGUUAUGUUCAUGGUGUCCCUGCAUGUGCGUCAUCCUCGUUUUGUGUUCGUCAUUCGUGUUUGUCGACGAGUAUCUUCAAUGUGGCUGUCGUACCACAGCCGUGUCACCAUCGCCAUCCAUUGUUGCGUCUCAUUGUCAAGUCCUCGUCCCAUAUCGAGUGCUCAGUAGCUCAUGGUAUUUAUUAUUUGUUAUUUAUUAUUCCUACGUGCCGCCCCAAGAACCAGGCUUGUGCUCAGCCUGGUUCACUUCCAUCAGUAUUCGUUUUCACGUUAUACUGCAUCGUUUUAUCCUCCGUGACGCUGAACAUUUUGUAUGGAAUAUUUCCAAGAGUAGUUACGAUUCCCAGAUGCAGUCUUCUUGUCACAGUAGCGCACUUUCAUCCCCUGUUACACAUUCGCUCGUGUCCCGUCCAGUUAGCCCUUCUUUGGCCCGGGCUGUGGACAUACAGUCCGGGCCAAAAAGCUCAAUGUAUGUGAUACGUUUUUUGUGUAUACCUCGUACGCUUUUUGUGAGUUGUUACAGUUGUUAUUGUUAUUAUUGUUGUUACGUCCGCACGCGCCAGGGUCUUGGUGUACAAACCACACGUAUUUGACUGGCUUCAAUCGUGGAAUCGAAGAGCUGCCCCGAGAACGCGUGCGUGACCGCAUGUUGAGAGUGUGCGUGUGAUGCUGUUUGGUACUGUACUUGACGGCAAAUAAAUCAUAGCUCAGAA